AUGCCAACAUCACGAGCACAAAGAGGCUUGAAAGCCUCCGUCGACCCACAGAUAAAUGAAAGAAUAGAGCGAAAGCGCGUUCAGAAUCGGAUCUCCCAGCGAUGCGCACGUGAGAAGAAGGCCGCCCAACGGCUUCAUAUGGCGGAGUUCCGCGAUUUGGUCAAAAACAGUGCAAGAGACACGCAGGGAUCCAACACAGUUAUUUUCAAUGCUUAUGUAGAGCUCUUGCAAGAGAACGAACGUCUCAGCGAGGCCUUGCUUACAAUGCGAAAGAAGUUGCUCAGCAUCAGUAACAAUUCUGCCAGUGUUGCAGAUGAUCCCAUAUUCGAGAGCAUAUUAAAUCGCCAGAAAAAAGAGAAAGCCAGUCCCGAAUUCCAGGCGCGAGAGCUCGAUUCUAAUCUACUGCAGAGUGAUCAUAAUCUAACAGCAUCUCUUGGAAUGUCUCAAAUGGAGCAAAACCCAAUCCAGUCAUUUGAAUUUCCAAUCUCCUGCGAAGAUGUGUCGAUUUGGGAUCUAAUAAACCUCCCGGGGCCCUUGUCUUGCUCUCUUGGGGCUGGAAAUUCGAUCAGUGGUUCCUGCAACCCACUAGCUCUCCCCUCGGUGAUCGGAUCCGAACUUUCGGAUCGCCUUUUUGACCAUGAAGGGAGAAUGUCGUCUAUGUGCAUCACUGAUUGCAUCGAAAUCGCCUGCGUGGUUUACAAAUGCGAAGAGCUCCACCUCCCGAUCGUCUCUCAGAUCACCAGCCCCGCAUCCCUCAAGCCCCUUAAAGACCAGUACAAGGACUGGGUCAGCCAAGAGUUGAUAGAUCGAACAUCCAAGGUUGCCAUUCAAGCUAUGACUUCAUGGACUGGAUUGACUAAGUACGUGAACAGCACUGGUACCCACGAACUAAUGGAGUCCAUAAUGCGCUGGCGAUUCGCGCCAACUUCGAAGAACCUUGCUGCAAUACAAAAGCUCUUCCGACCAACACCUAUGCAGGAGAACUGCACCCAUUCAGCCGUAAUCGACAUGGUGCCAUGGCCCGAAUUGCGCGAAUACUUCCUUACCCUGGAUUCAAAAAACCUGGACACUGCCAUUUGGGAUACAGUUCUGAACAUAGUGAUUGACCUGCCUCAGUUGCAGAUGUCUCUCAACGUGUUUGAUAUGGUCUGCAAUGCCAUCGUACGAGCCCCAGAUACCCCUGUCAUCUCGGAGUCGGAACUUCGUGGCAAGUUGCAAGGUAGGGAGUCGAAAUGCAGUGUUGGAGACCAAGCUUUCUUUUACCGUUUGUGGUUAGAUAUUGUCCAUAGAAUGGCUUCUGUCGAUCCAGACGUCGUUACGAAUUCCAAUGACGUAAAUCAGCAGCGGCGUGCACUUCUUGUCAGGAACCUCGAAGUGGAUCGUUGGCCGGAUUGGCGUUUGAGUGGCAAUUUCACCAGCAUCUACCCUCUUUCGCAAGAACAAAUUACAGCCUGCAGUCUAUUGGCUUAA